UGUACAUAGAUAGUUUUCAAUUGAAUGAUUAUAUUUUAUUAUAUCAACCUUUCUUUACUUUGACACAUUAAGUGAAUUGCUUGAUAAUCAAGAGUCCAUGCUAUAUUUCAUUCUUUAAUUUCAAUAAUGUCCUUAUAACUGUUGAUUGAACUUAAUUCUUAUUCUUUAAUCAGGAUUAAAAGAAUUCCGCCGGACCUGGGAGGUGCAAAUUAUUUGGGCCAUGGCCUGUCUAUCCGGUGUUAAGAUUAAUUACUGACCUGUUUUACCUUCUGUACUACCUCACAAUCCUGUAAUCCCAUUUUGCCCAUUUGAAGCUAGGUAUAAAAAUCACACUGUGCUACUGGAACUGAAGUGUAAAGCUACACUCCGGGGAUCUUGAAACAGUGCUCAGUCAAACUAGGAUAUCGAAAAUGGUUUGGGAUGGUGCAGUUGAGCCUAAUGGCACAGAGGGCAAGAACUUCUACAUUCCCAUGUCCAACAGGACUGGGAUUGUAAGAAGUCCUUUUGAAUAUCAACAGUAUUAUUUGGCUGAUCCAAUAAUGUACAAGGUCCUAGCUGCCUACAUGUUUUUCCUGAUCUGCACUGGAACUCCCAUCAAUGGUCUGACAUUGUUGGUAACAAUUCAAAACAAGAAACUCCAACAACCUCUCAACUUCAUCAUCGUCAACCUGGCUGUGGCUGGACUGAUUAUGUGCUGCUUUGGAUUCACUAUCACCAUCACGUCUGCUGUUAAUGGCUACUUUAUUCUUGGAGCCACUGCCUGUAUGAUUGAGGGAUUCAUGGCCACACUUGGAGGUGAAGUUGCUCUCUGGUCCCUGGUAGUGCUGGCCGUGGAAAGAUACAUUGUUGUGUGCAAACCCAUGGGAAGCUUCAAAUUCACUAACGGUCAUGCAGCUGCUGGAGUGAUUUUCACCUGGAUUAUGGCAAUGUCAUGUGCUGGACCCCCUCUUUUUGGCUGGUCAAGGUACCUUCCUGAAGGCAUGCAGUGCUCCUGUGGACCUGACUAUUACACUCUGGCCCCAGGCUACAACAACGAAUCAUUUGUAAUCUACAUGUUUGUCGUCCAUUUUUUCGUUCCCGUCUUCCUCAUUUUCUUCUGUUAUGGGAGCCUUGUGUUGACAGUCAAAGCUGCAGCCGCACAGCAGCAAGAGUCAGAGUCUACUCAGAAAGCUGAAAGGGAAGUGACACGUAUGUGCAUCCUGAUGGUCAUUGGCUACCUUGUGGCUUGGGUUCCCUACGCCUCGUUUUCUGCUUGGAUUUUCAUGAAUAAAGGAGCUUCCUUCUCGGCUCUGUCAGCAUCCAUCCCUCCCUUCUUUGCAAAGAGCUCUGCUUUGUAUAAUGCAGUCAUCUAUGUGCUGAUGAACAAACAGUUCCGCAACUGCAUGCUGACCACUGUUGGAAUGGGUGGCAUGGUGGAGGAUGAGAGCUCAGUGUCUGCAAGCAAGACAGAAGUGUCCUCUGUCUCUUAAAUAUAGAGACACGUUCAUUUAUCUGGACUUUUUUAUUUUUAUGUUCUGAAUCUUCCAUGUGGAAUGAGUGCAAAUCUUUUGCUUUGAGCGAAAGGACAUCUUAAAUGCUUGACCGAUUACAAGUGGCUCUACAAGCAACUUCGUGGACUGAAUUUCUUCACUUUUUAAUUGAAAGACGUUGGAAAGAUUUUGCCCUGUCUGUGUGAAAUUGAAAUCAAUCCAAUGAUGCACACAUGUAUGAGGAUGUUCACUUUGACUUGCCCUGCCACCAGGGACACAAAUGUCCCGGAAAUCUUCUCACCAUCACUCAAUGUGUAAAACACUC